GGGAGAGAGGAGGAGGGCGUCUCUGUUGUUGGCCCCUGUGACAGACAGACGCAGAGGCAGAGGAGCUUAGGGUUUGUUGCGAGCGAGCGAGCGAGCGGGUCAGCGCAAGGGGAUCGACAGCGCGCGACGAACUCCUUCGUGCUCUCGAGCCUGACAGUCGGGGCCAUAAACUGCGCUGCGUCUGCGAGUCAGGAAAUUCGGUCGCCUCCAUCAGACCUCCAAUGCGGGAUUCGCCGAUCACCUCUUGCUGUUUGCCGGGAGCCAGGGCUUGGGGUUAGUACGAGUGCAAUCAUCGUUGCCGUUGUUGUCGAUUGGCAGCCAACGGGCUCAAGGGGACGGACUGGGCCGGGCGUAGGGUUUGGGCUGAACGUCUGGAAUCGGAUGCGCGCAGGAUUCGAGCGAACGGUAGAAUCAGAGGACGAGGGGCAGGAGGGGAUUUGGUAGCGGUGCGUGCGUCCGGAAUUGGAGUCGCUUUGAGCCUCUGAAAUCGUAGCGAAGGGUUUGACGGUCUAGAGCCAUGGGAGGCGGGGCGGGCAGAGGGAAGUUCAAGGGCAAGCCUACGGGCCGUCGCCACUUCUCGACCCCCGAGGAAAUGGCUGCCGGGACGUCUGGAAAACCUCGGAGUUUCAAAAGAGACGCCAAGGAAGAGGAAGAAGAAGAGGAAGAAUCAGAAGAGGAGGAGGAGUCGUCUGAGGACGAGAGUGCGAAGAAGAAGGGAGCACAAGGUGUCAUUGAGAUUGAGAAUCCUAACUUAGUGAAAGCGAAGAACAUCAAGGCUAAAGAUGUGGAUCUUGACAGACCAGCGGAGCUUUCGAGACGAGAGAGAGAGGAGCUGGAAAAACAACGCGCUCAUGAGCGUUAUUUGAAGCUCCAGGAACAGGGCAAAACCGAGCAAUCUAAGAAGGAUUUAGAACGCCUUGCCCUUAUUAGGCAACAACGACUGGAAGCUGCUAAAAAGCGCGAAGAGGAGAAAGCAGCUAAAGAGGCCAAGAAAGCAGAUGCCCGGAAAUAAUUGAGCUGGGUGACAUUAGGAGUACACGCUGUGAUUUGCUCUGCAUCGACGAGUGUUUGUUCAUGUGCCUCAUUUUGUACUAUGAGUUCUCCGUAUAAGUGUCACAAAAUUCAUUUUGGGUCGUGGCUUCGGCAGCCAUAUUUUUGCUGGUACCCUGCGCAUACGUAGUUCGUGCGGGUCAUGUGGUAGUCACACUCUGGCUAUCGAGGCCAUAAUGUUCCAUUUUUACGUUUUUAAACUCCCAACUGGAAGGCUUUGGGUACCCGCAGAGGUGCUGUGUAAAUUUCCUAUGCCGAAUUGAAACUGUUUGUACUGACCACCAUUCCUCACAGACCGCUCAACUCCCUGAGUAAAGUUGUGAAACCUUCAUCUCUACACACAAAUCAUAUCGUAUGAAGUCGCGAGAGGGAGGUCGCUUCUUUCGGUAUAUAAACCACAAUUAAACACUGGUCUGUUGUCUUUCAUCGCUGGGCAUGAAAAGCUUCCUGUUUCUGUCUUAAUGUCUGUGUCUGGGAUGUUAACAGAGACAUGUGUGCGGGUUCUGGCGCGUUUUAGUGCGUGCACGCCCUAGUAAUGUAAGUUGAUUCAGGCCGAUAGUACACGUUGCCUGGCACAGAUUGGGAUAAAUCUAGAUAGAUGCAGAAUAUAUCACAUCUGAAGAGAGAAGAUAUCAUAAGCUCUGAGCGCUUGCGACAAGUGCGCCUACCCAUUUACGAGCACGGUCUCCGCAGGAUUUGAGGGUUAGUACUUAAUGUUCGGGUUGUGAUGUAGUUAAAGGUUUUCACCCAGCACUUUUGUAGGCAGGACAUUCACAACCAAGAUGGCGUUGCAUGACUUGUAGCCAUUGUACGGUUGUCGCCUCCUGUCAUUAAAACGGGAAGCUUGACAACCUCCUGUUUCUAGACUUGGUCAGUUAGAUAAGUUUCAAAGCACGUGAACUGUUGAAAGCUGACUAUGUGUAGUAAUGCAAAUGCCUGAUGUGAAGAGUUAUCAUAGCCGGUAGUAAAUCUUGGACUAGCAGACUUUGGUUAUGCCUGUGAAACAUUCAUAUGAUGUAACCGUACAUCGUGUGGAAAGACUUUAUUACAUCAGUUUUCUAAUCAAUGUAUAUUGAAUUACUGCUCAAGUAAUGUGUAUCACAC